ACGGUUAACGCGAAUACCCCCACCACCACCCCCUGUGCGUUCCUCGAAACAGAGGCGUUCUGUGCUAUAUACGUCCAACAAUUGAAAGAAAUCCUCCUCCCGAAAUCGCCAUGCUGGUCGGUCAGUCAGUAUACCGGUAGUGAAGGAGGGUAUAGUUCGAUAACAACCUCGAUACCGUUAAGUGAGUCUCUGAAAGGAAUUCUCUCGGAUUGCAUGUAUAAAUAGUCGACCUUCUCCAAACCGUCCAGCCCUUGAAUGGUUCGACGCUGACCACCCUGUCCCCUUCACCCCACCAACAACUGGUAAGCAAACAACAACUCCUUCCCAAGCCCUCCCACAAUUUCUCCCCGACCCAGUUAUCAAUCCAUCAUCCCGGGCAGGAGAAAAAAAAUACCCCACAAAAAGUAUCCCAGAAACACAACGAUAGAAAAUUUCUCACAUCCAACACGAUGGCUUCCCACGCAGAUGACGAGCUGAAGCCAUCCACCACCGAGGGGUAAGCUUCCUGGUUUUCUUGGUUUUUUCAGCUGGUGGGCCUGCUGAUCCUUUCCCCGCACCUCGGUCUGCGGGGUCUGGCGCUUCGCCGUCCCAAAUGCAUAUGAUUUCGCCAAUAUUCGAGUGGGAUAACGCUAACACAUAUGCCGUAACACAGGUACAAGGUGGGGGAAAAGAAGUCAGUCGAUGAAUACGCGAAGCUAGGUUCGUAUUGCACCGUUCCAAUUGUCCGGUUUCUCCUGGCUGCCUACAGCAGCGAUUACACUAUUGGGGUCAUAUUGGGCAGAGCUCAUUUUGAAUUUUAGAUGCUGAGGAUGAGUCUCUCACCCGCUGGAAGAAGUCUCUAGGUAUCGGUGUUGGGAGCACCGGAGGUUCUCUAGGAGAGCCCGGCGACCCUCGAAAGGUCUCACUAUAUUCCAGGAAGUUAUCAGGGCGAUCAUAUUUCUAACAUUAAACCCUCUUUCUUUAGGUUGUUAUUCUCCAACUCUGCCUAUUGAUCGCCGGUCGCGAUGACGUUGUCAUCAAUCUUGAUGUCCCCGGAGCCUUAGAAGAACUGAGCAAGAGACCAUUUACUAUUAAGGAGGGCGCUGAAUACCGGAUGAGAGUCAGAUUCCGGGUUCAGCAUGAAGUUAUCUCUGGUUUGAGAUAUCUGCAACUUGUGAAGAGGAAGGGAAUCAAAGUCGAUAGCUCCGAGGAAAUGAUGGUUAGUACUCGCCUUGGUUAUUAGGAAUUCGGUGCCGGGUGUUUGGGAUGGAUAGAGUUCUAACCAUUGGCUCCGGUGGAUAGGGGAGUUACGGACCAAAUACCCCGGAAAGCCCUUACUACGAGAAAACUUGUGAGUGCAAUUAUCCCUCAUCUAAAUACCGUACUUUGGUGAGAGUUUCGGGGGAAGCUUCUCGUGGCUAACAACUACGAAUAGUUGCCGAGGAGGAAGCACCUUCCGGAAUGCUCUUCCGUGGCAGCUAUACCGCCUUCAGCAAGUUUAUGGAUGACGACAAGAAUACUCACUUGAAGUUUGACUGGUCUUUUGAGAUCAAAAAGAGCUGGGAUUAAGUCACCGACUCAAUUAUUUCUCCCGCUUUCCACCACCCAUUCUUAGUGCAGCUGAGCUAGUUACCUUGACCUACUUACUUGGGCGUUUUUUAUCGUAUGCUUCUUUUUCUCUCGAAAUACCAAUCUCAGGUUUCUCCAUUUUUAGCCCAAAGAACAUGCACGGUCCGUGCAGUGCGUACCUGUUAUGAUAGUCCCUUUUUCAGAUGGCGGUGUUCUGUUGAGUAGGGUGCCAGAAGAUGAUUUGCAUUAUUGAGGAGAGGAAGAGUACCGAACGAUAUCAAAAUUUUCUUC